GAAGGCGGCAGGAGAGGCGGCGGCGGCGGCAGCAGCAGCAGCGAGAAGCCGGAGCGCUCCGGGCCAGCAGCACUAGCGCCGCCGCCGCGAAGGAGAGCCCAGCCGAGCCCCCUCCGGUCCCCGCCCGCCUGCGAGGCGCUGCGCCCCGGCCGCACGUCUCCAUUGCGCGCCGCAGCUGCAGCCGCAGCGGGAGGAAGAGAAGCCGCGGCCGCUGCGCCCUCCCCCGGGCCGGAUCCGAGGCGGCUGGGAUGCGCCGGCUCUGAGCGCCCCGGCCGUCCCUCGCCGCCAGCCAUGGGCAAGGACCAGGAGCUGAUGCAGGCGGUGAAGGCGGAGGACAUCGGCGCCGUGCAGAAACUGCUGCAGAGGCCCAAGCCGGGCAAAGCCAAGCUCCUGGGAUCAGCCAAGAGGGUGAAUGUUAAUUUCCAAGACACUGAUGGAUUCUCUGCCCUGCAUCACGCUGCCCUCAACGGCAACACCGAACUCAUCUCUCUGCUGCUGGAGGCUCAGGCUGCGGUGGAUAUCAAAGACAAUAAAGGGAUGCGUCCCUUGCACUAUGCCGCCUGGCAGGGUAAGAAGGAGCCGAUGAAGCUGGUGCUGAAGGCCGGCUCGUCUGUGAACAUCCAGUCGGACGAGGGGCAGAUCCCGUUGCACCUGGCUGCACAGCAUGGGCACUACGAUGUGUCAGAGAUGCUCCUCCAGCACCAGUCCAACCCCUGCAUCCUUGACAACUCUGGCAAGACCCCUCUAGACUUGGCCUGCGAGUUUGGACGUGUUGGGGUGGUGCAGCUGCUCUUGAACAGCAACAUGUGUGCUGCCCUGUUGGAGCCCAAGCCGGGAGACAUCACCGACCCCAACGGGACCAGCCCCUUGCACUUGGCGGCCAAGAACGGCCACAUCGACAUCAUCAGGCUUCUGCUCCAGUCUGGGAUCGACAUAAACCGGCAGACGAAGGCAGGCACUGCUUUGCACGAAGCGGCCUUGUGCGGCAAGACGGACGUGGUGCACCUCCUCCUGGACAGCGGGAUCAACGCCCACAUCCGAAAUACCUACAACCAGACUGCACUGGACAUUGUCAACCAGUUCACCGCCACCCAGGCCAGCAGGGAGAUCAAACAGAUGCUGCGAGAUGCUUCGGCUGCCCUGCAGGUCAGGGCCGUGAAAGAUUACUGCAACAAUUAUGACCUGACAAGCCUCAACGUGAAAGCUGGAGAUAUCAUCACGGAUGCUGGAGACAUUAGGACCCUGCUUCCAAAAAAGGUCCUGGAACAGCAUGCAGAUGGGCGGUGGAAAGGCUGUAUCCAUGACAACCGGACUGGCAAUGACCGCGUUGGCUACUUCCCUUCCACCCUAGUCGAAGCGAUCAGCAAGCGCACAGGUCCGUGGUGGGAUGCAGGGCCUUGCCUAGGGCAGUUUCAAGCCAUCUCCCUCCCGCUGGCUGGCAGGGCCUGCGUGCCUAACGGCCACUCCUGCUUCUCCUCUUCCACUUCCUCCUCCACCUCUUCCUCCUCCCAUCAUCAAGUCCAUGUCCUUCCUCCGCCACCACGGCACCCCCUCCAGCCUCUUUUGAGUUCCUUUGGCUACCGCAGGCUCCCCCACGGCGCCGUGGAAGGGCCUGGCGCCAAUGCAGGUUCCCGAGUGUCUGAUGCCAGCCCAUCCCACUUGUCACCACCACCUGGCGGAUCCGCUACCAUGCCAGCCCCACCGGAAGAGAUCUGGGUGCUUCGGAAACCCUGUGCAGGCGGUGACCGCAGCAGCGUUGGCAGCACCGGCAGCGUGGCAAGCGGGCGCAGCUCAGGGAGCGGCCAAAGCACGGGGAGCGGAGGCCACGCGGCCCUCCACCCGGGCUCAGAAGGCGUGAAGCUGUUGGCAACCGUCCUUUCCCAGAAGGCCUCUGUGCAAGAAUCUGCCGUGGGUGAUGGGCCUGCCAAAGCACUGGAGACGCCCGCAGGUUCUUCUCGGACGCAGAGUUUGAGCAGCUCCUCCUACCCAGGGCAGCCCUAUGGUGACCAGCCUCCAAAGAAGGUGGAGCCCAUGUCGGAAGGGAAGAGCUCAGAGGCUGUCUACCAGUGGCUGUGCAAGUUCCAGCUGCAGCUUUAUGCUCCCAACUUCAUCAACGCUGGCUAUGAUAUCCCCACCAUCAGCCGGAUGACACCAGAGGAUCUGACGGCCAUUGGGGUCACGAAGCCAGGACACAGAAAGAAAAUCACCUCAGAGAUCAACAGCCUAAACAUUUCUGAAUGGCUACCAGAGUACAAGCCAGCUAACUUGGCUCUCUGGCUCUCCAUGAUUGGGCUGGCUCAAUAUUACAAAGUCCUGGUGGAAAAUGGCUAUGAGAACAUUGAUUUCAUCACAGAUAUAACUUGGGAGGACCUGCAGGAGAUCGGCAUCACCAAGCUGGGUCAUCAGAAGAAACUGAUGUUAGCAGUGAAGAAACUGGUGGAGAUCCAGAAGGCCGAGUUCGUCAAGUACGAGUCAGGGACGCUGAAGAAGAAGGGGGCGCCGGACACGGUAGCCAUUGAGCCCCCGCAGCAGGAAGCGGCCGAGUGCCAGUCCCCUAAGAUGACCACCUUCCAGGAUAGCGAGCUGAGUAAUGAACUGCAGGUGGCCAUGACAGGCACCGGCGAGGAGGGGGCAGAGAAGCAGGUCAACCACGUGGGGCAGUUCCGCGAAGGGGCGGCCUACCGGCACGCCUCCCGCCUCACCCAUGAGGACAGCCUGAGUGGGAGAGCGAAACACAUUAGUAGCUCCCAGGAGCUGAUAGGAGACGGACCCAAAGUGGCUAUCGCUGCUAUGUCCAAAAGCCAGGAGUUCCUGGCAGAGGAUGGGAAGGACGGCCUGGCAACCCUGCCCAAGGAGGUGCGGAGUCUCCGGCACGGCCACAGCAUCAAGAGAGCAAGCGUGCCGCCGGUGCCCGGCAAGCCCCGGCAAUCUUUCCCCCCCUCCGCCGGCCACUACACCCCACCACAGACGCCCACCAAGCCCCGCCCAUCCUCACCACAGGCGCUUGGUGUGCCCCACGCCAUGGCCAAGGUAAAACCCACGCCACAGCUGCUGCCCCAGUCAGAGCGCCCCAUGUCUCCUUCCUCGAGGCCUCAGUCUCCCACGCACCGUGGCUUCGCUUAUGUCAUGCCGCAGCCCGUGGAGGGCGAUGCUCAUGCAGCAGGCCCCUUGGCACAAGCUGUGCCGGUGCUGCCCAUCUCGGUGCCAGUGCUGUGCCUGCCGCCGCAGGCUGCAGAUGGCGAAGAGGGAGGCCGGCCAAAGAAGCGGGCUCACAGCCUUAACCGUUAUGCCGUGUCAGAUAGCGAGCAGGAGCGGGAUGAGCUGCUGGUGUCGGACGCCGGGCCCUAUGCCACAGUCCAGCGGCGCGUUGGGCGCAGCCACUCAGUGCGGGCGCAGUCGGGCGGCGACAAGAAUGUCAACCGCAGCCAGUCCUUUGGUGUGCGGCCAAAGAAGAAGGGCCCUCCGCCUCCACCGCCCAAGCGCUCCAGUUCGGCCAUCUCCAGCGGCAAUAUGACGGACGACUUCCCCAGGGACGGGGAGGAGGGGCUGGAACCACCCCAGGAGCACCAGCAAUGGCGGGCCAGUGGCCUUAGCGGAGUUGUAGACACAGGCAGUGCCGGGAGCGUAAAGAGCAUUGCUGCGAUGUUGGAAAUGUCAUCCAUUGGUGGGGGGGCACGGGGCCUUGCCCUGCAGAAGCUGCCUGGAUCUGGGAAGGGUCCUGACGGGUACUACUUGCAACCUGGAGUUGCUGUGUGUCCCUCCAGCCCAGAAUACUCCCGUGUUGCGACUGUCCUUGCCACCGUCAAGCACAAGGAUGCCAUUGGGCCAGAUGGCGAGGUGGUGAACCGCCGGCGUACUAUCAGUGGCCCUGUUACCGGGCUAGUUGCCGCAGCUCGCCGCGAGCGCUCGGAUAGCAUCAAGUCUGACACGAGCAAAGAUGGCAGCCCCAUGGAGCGGCUGCGGAUCGAACACGGUGGGGGCUCCCCACAGAACAGCUCUGGAGAGAACAUCCCCUUCGCCGAGGAAGGCAACCUGACUAUCAAGCAGCGGCCCAGGCAAAUGGGCGUAGCCAAGGCUGAUGGUGGAGAGUCCUUGUCACUUGCCCACCGGCAUGGUGACCUUUCCAAGGUAGAGGCCAGCGCCACUCUCAAGAGGAGGAUUAGAGCAAAGCAGAGUCACCAGGACAGCAUCAAGUUCAUCCUGACAGAGUCAGACACUGUCAAGCGGCGGCCGAAAUCUAAAGACAGGGAACAGGAGCUGGUGCCGUUGUCCGUGUACCAGAAUGGCACUGCCACUGUCAAACGCCGACCAGCCUCUGAGAUGAGUGGCGGGGAGGCUGCAGUGCCCCCUGCUGGCCAGCUGGAGAAAUAUGACUAUACCUCAACGCAGCUCCCUCCGGAAAGCGAACCCAAGAAGCCUGUCAAGCCGCCAGUUUCACCCAAGCCUGUCCUUCCUCAGAAAGUCUCUGGGCCUCCCACUCCCAGCUCAAAAAAGGUCCCGAUUCCUGGCCCUGGCAGUCCAGAGGUGAAGCGUGUCCAUGGCACCCCACCACCGCCGGUCUCUCCUAAGCCAACCCCGCCCCCGACAGCCCCCAAGCCGAAGGUCCACGCUGCCCUCCAGUCGGUGAGUGCCAGCUCCACGCCUGCACCAUCACCUGCCAAGCAGCUGGCGCCCACCGUCAAGCCUUCAAGCACGCCCCCCUCGCUGUGCUCCAGCCCGGCUAAGCCCUUGUCACCCGGAGGAGUGCCCCCUCAGACAGUGCCAGUCAAGCCCCCCCGCUCUUCCAUGGCCGGGCCGCCGGUGGAGAGCGCCGUCAGCGCGGAAAGGGAAAGCGUGCAUCAGAAGCUGGAGGAGACCAGCGCCUCCCUCGCUGCUGCUCUGCAAGCCGUGGAAGAGAAGAUCAAGCACGAAGAUGGACAAGCAGCAGAUUCCGCCGCAGAAUCCAAGAGCACAGUCAGCAUUCUCGAUGACAUCGGCAGUAUGUUUGACGACCUUGCAGACCAACUGGAUGCCAUGUUGGAAUGAUAGCUGGAAAACAGUCGCAGCCAACCUCAGGAUCUGCCAUGGGCAUAAGGGCACAAUCAUCUCCAUGAAGAUCUUCCCUUUCUCCUUCCCCCUCCAUCUUUCGAGGUUUGCACAAAGAUAAGAUUUACCUCAGGAUUGUGCUAAAAGAAACUGAGAUGCAUGGGAAAGGCUUUCUUGGGAUGUGGGGGCCAGUUUUGCAGAAGCAGCAAACAAACGAAACAAGGAGGAAUCACUCUUGUGUUCCCCCCCCCUUCCUAAACACCAGUUGACUUUGAGGAAACUACCGUUCUCCUUCUGAAAAUGAAGUAAGACCACAUGCUUGCUCAUGGGCAGGAGCUUCCGGUUUAUCUGCGAGAUGAAAGUGAUCUUCAGGCAAAUCUACUCCACUCGGUCAAAUUUGUGUCUUCUUCUUGUUUACUUUGGAAAGGAUUUCCUGCCUUCCUUUCUGCAGUUGUUACACUCCCCCAAUGUGUUAUCAAACUGUGGCACAAAUAACUUAAUCGAGUCUUCUCUGGUUCUUCAUGUUUUCUGUUUGGGGUGGAAUUUCGUCUUAGUGAAACUCUUCUUGCCUUCCGUGUCAGUAUCGUUCCUUGGCUGAGCACCGCUGUCCUCUCUUGUGCUGCUGUCUCGGUCCCUGUGCCCGUCUGCCAUCAUUGGGAAACGCUGGAAAAGGCAGGGCGGGGGAAUACCCAAGGGAAGCCGUGAGUCUAGGAGGCUUUCGGCUAGCUGCAUGCUUCGUUUCUUUGUCCCGAAGAUGUUCGUCUUCUCCUGGUGAUGAUGAAGCUGUGACUGUGAGGAUUUCUGUUCUGUUAAAUGAGUCCCAUUUGAGAAAUAAGCUCCUUUCCCACCCACCCCAUUUGUUCGCCUUGAAAAAGUAUCGUUUCUGGCAAGGGCCGUGCAAAAGCUUUGGUACAUUUGCAUGAUUGAUAACAGUGUUGAAACAUGACAAGGGGGGGGAGAGGGGAAUAGAAAAAUACUGGCCAAAAUUCCGCUGUAAAUAUUUCCCCCCUGGUGGCUUCAGGGCCUGCUAUAGAAGAAUAUUUAUUCCCAAUUUUUUUAUUUUAUUUUAAAAAUAUACAUAUAUAUCUCUAUCUUUAGGGGAGAGGGUGGUUGUGGUUCUGAGCAUGAAGGACUUAAGGUUGCACUUUCUCUCACUUCAAGGCACUUGUUUCCAAAGAGUUUGUCACUGAUAGGACAAUGCAGCCCUCUUGAGUACUAGCUACAGUGAUUGUUCCCAAGAGGGGGGGAUCAGAUUUAAGGAGGCAGUGAAUAGACAUGGGCAAUAUAGUUAUUGAUUUUGCAGAGCGUUUGAUAGUGAAGCAGCAGCACUGAGCAGGGCUCAGUGGUGGUUCAGUAUUCUAGGGGGAGAUUGGUGAAAGAGGACCUCCCCACCCCCUCUGCAUUUCUGAUAUGCCACAUGUUAAUAUCAGCUGCAUCCCAGCGAUCCAAAUUGUUUCUGCCAAGAUGACUGGAUUGCAAUAGUUAGCUGGGAUGCAAUCUCAGUCCUGGACUCUUGACUUGCAUCUUGGCUGCAAAAUCUUAGUUGAUCUUGGAUGCACAACAGCGUAUAGUUUUGAGGGUGGGUGGUUCACCAGCAGUCAGCUCGGAGAGGCCCAGACAGCUCUUUGGGUUUGCAGUGCUGUGUCGUACAAGUAAGGGCUCGAGAAGGGCAAAAUCUCCCAGCAAGGUCAGAAUUUUUUGUCUGCCCAAGGAACAACAGGCUUGAAGGGUGUGUGCAACUAUGGAAAGUGUCAAAGAUUAUGCACCAUUUAUCUAGUGAUAAACUUUGCCAUAUCCUAACCAACUUGGGAACUGUUGAUUGGAGACAGAAGACAGCAGUAGAGAGGCCAAGCCACCCUGCUAGUGCUGAACACCCUGUCUUGUUCAAUUCUCAUCUGGCUUAUGGCCCUUGUAAGGUUGGGGCUCUCUGUUGCUGUGGGGGAGUAAGAGGAGGAGGGGGUCUCUUGAAAGAAGGCUGGGUUCUAGGUGCCCCAGGGACUGUACGGUUAGAAAGGUCUGUAGCAUGUGAAGAUUGCCCUAUGGAUUGCCCUUGGCCUUCCUGCAAAUCAUCCUCACUUGUCUUGUUGCAGUAGGGAUAUUUGUGCAUUGCAGGUAGUUACGGAAUGACAGCCGGUCUCUGAAUGCUCAAGACAUCCCUCUGGAUUGGUCCACAGCUGUUACACCUGAUAUACAAGGUUCUUCUGAUCUUCCUAGCCACCUGCUCGCGGGCCUGUACCAGUCUUAAAAGCAAGCACAAUGAGGGAAUCCCUCAGUAAUAAGAUUACCCAUCUACCAGUGGCAUUCUUUUCCCCCUGUGGCAUCAGUGAGACGUUCCUCUCCCUUCCUUCCUUCCUUCCUUCCUGGGGCAUUUUUUGGUAAUGUGAGGCUGUCCCUGUGAGAAUACUCUUGAUGGAGAGAUAUUAGCGUCAUUUUACCUGGAGAGGACCAGGGUGUGUGGCAGGGUGGAGAGGUAGCCUGACAGGAAGCAAAGGUAAACUGAGUGUUGCAGCAAUGAAGUUGACUUGCUUGUCGUGCAGAAGUGAUUCUACAUUUUUUAUGACAGUGGGCAAGCAUGAAACCCAGUUUUGUCCUGAAGCUGCCUUGGCACUGGGCAUUAGUAGUAGUAUUGUUAAUUAAGCCUUUGGCAGGUAUCUCAAGAUUACCUGUUUGCUAUGAUCAAGCCUGUAGAGUCCCCCAUCGAAGGAGAUUCAGACUUCCGCCAGUGCCUAGCUGUUUCCGACAGUUGAGCCUAGCCUGCCUUCUAAGUGUCUUCAGCCUGUGGGAUUUCACCUUCCCCUUGUGGGCACAUCUCUUCAUGAUAGGAGGCUUAUACCACCUCCACAAGGACCGCAGUCAUGUUUCACAAGCCAUGUUCAGAAAGGCCUCUCAUAAAUCAUAUCCUUCCCUGAAUCUUCAUUGCCACUGAUGACAGAAUGCUGCUGCUUCAGACUCAGCACUGAAGAGUGUUUUGUAAUCUGUUGGGGAUUUUUAUACUCCGUGCAUCCUCUACAACGGUGUUUACAUUUAGCUCAUGUGCCCCUAUAAGCUUUUGGGCCCUUUUGAUGAUUCAGAGUCCUGUUCUGCUCUUUCUCGUUGCUGCUAACGCUGCGGCUAUUUGCCUCAUGCACCUCUUUCUCUACAUUUCAUUUCCUGGUCUUUCAUUCCCUUUGAUCAACACCAGAAAUCAUCUGGCAGUGAUAAAAAAAAGAAGAAAAGGUACCAUUGUCUUGGAGAUCUUGGCUGCAGUGGCCCUUCAGGCUUCCUCUUAGGUAAGAAACCCCCUUCUGUUUGCCAAAGGCAGUGGGGCCCUUCUUCCAAAGCAGGUGGUAAUGCCUUUGGGAAUCACAUCCUCCUUGCUGGUUUCAGGCCAAAUGGUGAACUCCUAUGCCUUGAGCAUGAAACAUUGCCACCUUCCGUGGCUCCACGUCCUCUUAGGUUUCGUGCCAUCUCAAUAUGCAACAUGGGACCCACUUCUAAUUUUUAGUCACUAUGUGUGUCAGUCUCCUUCCUCCUCCUAUUUCCCUGCAUCUCAUUCCAUUAAAAGAAAAACCCGUAAUGAAAAUGGCGGGUGGGGUGCAGGACAGCAUCCCACUUUGCCUUGGGGUAUAAUCCACUUGUGAAUCCCAACCCAUCAGGCCAAGUCAACACCUCAGGAGAAUCUCUAUCAGCCAUCCUCCACCCUGACUCAUUUUUUAAGCAAGACCAUCAAGCUUCUUAAACCUACUUCGUUUUGCUGCCUGUGCUUCACUGCAUAUGCCCAGUGGGGUUAGUGACAGGCUUUUAAAAAAAGAAGAAGUAAGAGUUGGGAUCUGUUGUCAUUGAUUUUAUUGCUGCAUUGGUGGAGGGUCUCCUCUUGCAAAACAGCCACGUUUAUGAAUGUUCUUAUAUGUGAAAAAACAAAACCAGACACUUUUUUCCUCUUUGGAGUGUGUUAAAAGGGUUGAGAAAAAUAAGCUAUAUAAAAGUAGUAUUAAUUUAUUGGAAAUAAAUUAUUUAAGAAUGGAUUCCCCCCCCCCAAGAGAUAAUUAACAAUAAAGAUAAAAAUGAAAGGACUUUAAUAUAUAUUAAGAAGAUUUAAAAAAUAUUAUCAAUUGUAUAUUCAACAGUUUUACGAGAUAAAAAUUGAAAGAUCUGGAGUUUAGCUUGACUAUUAGACUUAUAAUAAGCUGUGUGUCUUGUGGUGACAUCAUUUAAGCGUAGCACAAUGUUUUUAAAAAAGGUACAGUUUAUAUUGUUUCAAAGUGUGCAAAAAUAUGUUUCUGUUAUAUGGGAUUUUUUUUUCUGGUUGCCAUUUUCUUAUUACAGUUUUAAACAAAAAUCAAAGGAUGUGCCUUGUUUUAAGAAUUCUGGUUUCAUCUCAUCUCUGAUGUGCGUGCGUAUCCUUUUCUGUAUGACAUUUUCUAUUUUAAGUUCGGGUGUGUGCGUGUGUGCGCACGCAUGCGUCCACAUGUGAGCAUAUGUGUGUGCGUGUUUAAAUGCAUGUGUGUGAAAGUAGUUAAACGUAUGCACAGCUGUAUAUUGAUACACAAAAAGGGAGUCAGUCCACUUAAAAAAAAAGACUUUUUAAGUCUGGAACAUACUCUUGGUUGGUUCCCCUUGUUCUGUGCGUGUUUAUUUGUUUUUGAGAUCCAGGUGUUGAUGUCUGAGUGGGGACACUCAUUUCCUUUCUUGAGCACAGAUAGGUCUGUCUUUGCUGAUCUCCAAAAUGUGUCUGGCACAACUAUGAAAUUUCUUACAUUUAAAAAAAUAAAAAUGAAUAAAAAAUUAAAAUAAAAUGACAACAUAAAAUAUCUGCUGUAAAAAGAAACAAAAUGUAUCUUAAAAAUAUUCCAAGAUUCUAAUGCUGGAUAUAUACAUAUUAUAUAUAUAUAUUAUAUAUAUUUUUAUGAUUAAGUUAUGGAAACUGUAUUUUCCCAUUUCUGUCAAAGCUAUGCAUCUCGCUGCCAGCCUCCUCUUCCUGCUUCUUGCAUCCCCAACCUGUAAUACUCUAAUUAAUAUUUGAUGGCUUUUGUGGUGCUGUAAAGAAUUUUGCUCCUAUUUAAAAAGAAAAAAAGAAAAAAAGGAGUUGUCUGGUUACAAAUACUUAAAAAAGAGGAAUAGGAAAGAAGCCCCUUGCUUGUCACUCCUAUACAUAACAUAUUAACUGUAAAAGAGUAUUUUUUAUUACUGAGGUUAGAAGAAUUCCCCCCCCCCCCACCUUAAAAGGCAGUUUCCGCAAGGCACUGAAUUGCUGGGCAGGCAUGGAUGGCUGCCACGGUGCUGAGGAACUGGUUCAUGCUGCAAUUUUACAGUACAGAUAGGCGGUGCUGUUAAAGCAUUUAUGGCCAUCUGUGCUUAAUAAACGUCCAAAUUGUCUGGGCCUGCUGUGCUCUUGUUUUGGCUGAGGCCGACAGAAUGUUUCAGCCGUGCUACUGGGAAUCGCUGCUGUGUGCUCGUCACAGGCGGGUCUUCUGUGCUUUAAGAGUUGCACAGCCUUCUUGACUGGAACAAGGCACAGGAUGCAUUCAGCCGUCCUCCUGCAGAGCCAGCCUCAUCUCACCAUUUUCAUAUAGUGGACGGUAAA